UGGAAGCCAAAUCAUCUUAUCCAUUCUUGUAGAAAGCUGGAAACUCCACCUUCAAAAACCAGACUACUUUAAGCUCAAGAAGACGAGCAAGAACCAGAGAAAGAGAUAGAAGAUGGAGAAGAUAGAGCAUAGAAUAGUACCCACAAAUGGUAUAAACAUGCACAUAGCGUCAAUAGGUACUGGCCCAGUGAUCCUCUUCCUCCACGGCUUCCCUGAGCUCUGGUACUCGUGGCGCCACCAGCUUCUCCACCUCUCUUCCCUCGGCUACCGCUGCAUAGCCCCCGACCUCCGCGGAUUUGGAGAGACUGACGCGCCGCCCUCGGCCGCCUCCUACACUGCGUUCCACAUCAUCGGCGACCUCGUCGGCCUUCUCGACCAUCUGGGUAUCGACCAGGUCUUCUUGGUCGCCCAUGACUGGGGGGCUGUGAUGGCUUGGUACUUCUGCUUGUUCAGGCCCGACCGGGUCAAGGCCUUGGUCAACAUGAGCGUCGCUUUCCGUCCGAGGCACCCAGUAAGAAAGCCUCUGGAGAGCUUCAGGGCUAUGUUUGGUGAUGAUUACUAUGUUUGCAGGUUUCAGGAACCUGGGGAGAUUGAAGAAGAAUUUUCUCAUGCCGGAUGUGAAAGAAUAAUAAAGGGAUUUCUUGUAUCUCGCAAUCCACGCCCUCCUUGUAUACCUAAAGGAGGAUUUGCAGCUCUCCGUGAUACUCCAGUUACCUUGCCCUCUUGGCUGUCAGAAGAAGAUAUCAGUUAUGUUUCCAGCAAAUUCGGCAAGAACGGCUUCACUGGAGGACUGAACUAUUAUCGAGCUUUGGACCUAACCUGGGAGCUCACAGCAGCGUGGAGUGGAGUACAAAUCAAAGUGCCAGUGAAGUUUAUUGUGGGUGACCAUGACAUCACCUACAAUAUCCCUGGUGUCCAGGAUUAUAUACACCAAGGUGGCUUCAAGAAAGAUGUGCCAUUUCUGCAAGAAGUAGUUGUCAUGGAAGGAGCAGCCCACUUUAUAAACCAAGAAAAGGCUGAAGAGAUCAACGCACACAUAUAUGACUUUAUCAACAAGUUCUAAUUCUCUGUUUGGUUGUCCUGUCUUCUACCUGUAUAAAUAAAGAUAACAUUGAUGUGACUCCCACGUCUUUUGAAACAUUCUUCAGGAUUCUGUGCUUUUACAAGUCUAAUAUAUAUAUUUGGGACAAAUAUUAUUUAGCCCCAAACUACCAGUUA